AUGGGGGAGGAGGGGACGGAGGGCACCGUGCAUCUGCUGUGCCUUGCCACCUCCAGCGGGGUCCCCCUCUUUUGCAGGAGCACUCGCGGCGGCGUGCCCACGCGGCAGCAGCUCCCCUUCUCGGUCAUCGGCUCCCUCAAUGGAGUCCACAUGUUCGGGCAGAAUCUGGAGGUGCAGCUGAACUCUGCGAGGACCGAGCACACGACUGUGGUGUGGAAAAGCUUCCAUGACAGCAUCACCCUCAUUGUCCUGUCAUCUGUGGAGGGCAGCUCGGAGCUGAGGUUGGAGCGGCUACUCCAGAUGGUGUUUGGGGCCAUGGUUCUUCUCCUGGGACUGGAAGAGCUGACCAAUAUUCGCAACAUAGAAAGACUGAAGAAGGAGUUGAGGGCCAGCUACUACCUCAUUGACAGCUUCCUGGGGGAACCUGAGCUCAUUGGGGACCUGACUCAGUGUGUGGACUGCGUGGUUCCUCCGGAAGGGUCCCUCCUGCAGGAAGCCCUCUCAGGGUUCGCUGAGGCCACCAGCACAGCCUUUGUCAGCCUCAUGGUGUCAGGCCGCGUGGUGGCGGCCACCGAGGGGUGGUGGCGGCUGGGGAUGCCCGAGGCCGUGCUGCUGCCUUGGCUGCUGGGCUCUCUGCCUCCGCAGACGGCUCGCGACUACCCGGUGUACCUGCCCCACGGGAGUCCCACGGUCCCGCACAGGCUCCUGACCCUGACGCUCCUGCCGGGCCUGGAACUGUGUCUGCUCUGUGGGCCGCAACCCCCUCUCAGCCAGCUGGAUCCACAGCUCCUGGAACUAUGGUGGCAGCCUUUGCUGGAGCCCCUCAGGGCCUGCGUGCAACUGGGACCCCGCGCGCUGCCUGCUGACCACCCCCUGCACGAGGACAUCCUGGGGCUGCUGCUUCUCCACUUGGAACUGAGACGCUGUCUGUUCACGGUGGAGCCCUCCAGGGACAGAGAACCUUCUGCAGAGCACAGGCGGCGCCUCCUCCGCUCCUUUUACACCCUGGUCGCCUCCAUGCACUUCCCACCAGAACCAGGGCCAUCAUCGGAAGAGAAGGUGGAGGACACAGCCCAGAGGGCCCACCUGCCCCGGGCCUGCUACCUGGUGUCAGGCCCCGAGGAACCAGACACAGGAUGGCGGCUGGUGGCUCUGCAGUCAGGACCUCGGCGGCUGCUGUUACUGCUGUCCCCGCAGAGUCCCACCCAUGGGCUGCGGAACCUGGCCACGCACACUCUGCAGGCCCUCACCCCACUCCUCUGA